CAAGAAAAAAUGGCAGUAUUAUUAUGUAAAAUUAUGCUUAUGAAAACACAGGUCUGCCUCUCUCCCGUGCUCACCUUCACCUGGCAAGCAUGACUCAACUUCACAUUUCCCCACAGAGGGUGAAAGGCAGUUUUAUUGAAGCCAGGUGUGUACCCACGUCCUGUCUGAUAAUGUUUCUGGACAGAAUUCCUCAAGCAGAUCAUAACAUGGUCCAAGUCUUCAGCAGAUGUAGAAAUCAACAUGAAACAAUUGUGACCUGUGUUUUGUUUAUUUUCAGCCUAUUUAAAUUGAAAGAUAGAGGCUCUGAGGGAAAUAUGAAAAUAUGAACCAGCUGCACUGAAAAUAAGAUUUUCUUAGAUGGAGAAAUGAGGUUGACUCUUUAUGAGGUUCUAAUGAAAAUUAGAUUUCUAGGUCAUCGAAAUCUAAAUGAGCUGUGAUCACCUUGCAUUUUUACGGCAAAAUACAAAUCACUGAUCACCACGGCGGCUUACAGUAUGUGGAGCGCCAGGGUCGAAGCCGCAGCCGCCCGACAAAACUCCCUCUCCUGCCAAAUGGUGUCAUGAAUCAUGUAACAGAAAAGUGCAGCAAGGAAAAAAACCACACACUCACAAUUGAGGAGAGGUUCUUGGUUUGGAAAAAGUGCUUUGGCUCUGUACGCACCAGCAGCAGCAGAAGCUUGACCACUCGCUGCUGCUGCUGCUCAGGCCAGCGUGUUAUCCUGCAGGGGCCGGUCGGAGGGAGGGUGGAGUGGUGGGGGUCUCUGCCUGUACUUCCAUGUUCCUUUUGAUGCUUGGUAGUAUUACUGUAAAAUGAGUCCUCUUUCAUUGGUUGAAUAGGCCGGACUGCCUACUGUGACAGUGCGUGAGGCCUCUCAUGCCCCAAAAGGGAAGGCAGCAAUGCAUCUCUAAACAGAAAAGCCAAAAUAAGGCGGGCGACUUCAUAACCUUGAGAAGAGGAAGAGAAAGAAAAGAGGAAGACGAUGAGCUGAGUUCUGCGUGCACAUGAUAUUAAGUUGAUGUGAUUAGUGUCUUCUUGCACAGACUCCGAGUCAGUGGGGAUCUGUAGUCCACGCCUGGUUUUGGCUGCGGCCCGCUGCUCAGACGGCUCCUGCACACAGCGGCAGCGGCUCCGCUCCUCCACUGCGCUGGCGCUGUUUACUGGAAGCUGCCCGCUCCUCCACCAACAGCCUGAGCACCGCGAGCGGGGUCUUCUCCACAGGCGAGCCGCCGCUGAGCUCCAAACUUCACCCAGUCUCACCCAGUCACAGGAGCCAGGAGGAGAGCAGCGUUCGGCGGCUAGAAAAGUAGCGAGGGGGUCAGUCCUCUACCCCCGGCACCAGACACUAAAACAGCCACUCUUUUAACCCUCUUUCAGUCACUCUUGUUGUUUUUUUCCCUUUUGUAUUUAUCCUCCUGGGUCUUCCCCUCUUGUUUGUUGCUUCUUCUUCGGGAGUGAGAGCGCACACAGGCGGGAGAGCCAGGGCGCACGAGCCGCUCUCAGGGCGCAUGAGGUGUUGGGACUGAGCGCACAGCAGAGCAGAACCUGGCCGGCCAUGGAGGCGUGUGUCCCGGGCAGGGGAAUGUGAGGCUCCGGGGCUGAGUUUGUUCUGUUUUGGGGGGACCUGCCUGCCUGAUAGCCCGAGCCUGUGUCCCAGAUCGAGGGGAGCAUGCCUCAGACCUGCAGACUCUCCGCUGCAGAGGAGUUCCCAUCAGACAGUCUUUCCACAAUCUGACAUUUAAUUUUUUUCCACAUUUCCUCUACAUGCACUGACUUACAUUUUUUUAAAUCCUUCUUUGGCUUCACUGAAUUAAAGGUGAGAGGAUCAACGAUGAGCAUCUCUGAGUGCGGUCGGCUUGGACUUUUUUAACCAGAACCUUUUUAGUCACAACGCAAACCUGCCACAAACCAUCAACGCCAGGCGCCAUGGCGUGCUCCCUGUGGAAACUACACACCUUCUGCUGGUUCCUCAUCACACUAGCCCAAGUGCACUCCACAGAGGGGUUCAGUCGAGCCGCCCUGCCAUUCGGCUUAGUGCGGAGAGAGCUGUCUUGCGAGGGUUACCCCAUCGAUCUGCGGUGUCCGGGAAGUGACGUCAUAAUGAUCGAAAGUGCCAACUACGGCCGGACAGACGACAAGAUCUGUGACGCCGACCCUUUCCAGAUGGAGAACGUCAACUGCUAUCUUCCAGAUGCCUACAAGAUUAUGUCGCAAAGAUGCAACAAUCGGACCCAGUGCAUUGUGAUCACGGGUUCAGAUGUCUUCCCUGACCCCUGUCCAGGGACCUACAAGUACCUGGAGGUCCAGUAUGAGUGUGUGCCCUACAAAGUGGAGCAAAAAGUUUUUAUUUGUCCUGGGACUCUGAAAGCUGUCGGUGAGCCUUCCUUUAUAUUUGAAGCGGAGCAACAAGCUGGCGCCUGGUGCAAAGACCCACUGCAAGCCGGCGACAAAAUCUACUUCAUGCCCUGGACUCCUUAUAGGACAGACACUCUCAUUGAGUAUUCCUCCCUGGAUGACUACCAAAACGCCCGGCAAACCGUUACCUACAAGCUGCCCCACCGGGUGGAUGGGACCGGAUUCGUGGUCUACGAUGGUGCUGUGUUUUUCAACAAGGAACGUACGCGCAACAUCGUGAAGUUUGACCUGCGAACUCGUAUCAAAAGCGGCGAGGCGAUCAUCAAUAACGCAAACUACCACGACACGUCGCCCUACAAGUGGGGCGGCAAAACAGACAUUGAUCUGGCGGUCGACGAGAACGGGCUGUGGGUGAUCUACGCCACGGAGCAGAACAAUGGCAUGAUGGUGAUCAGCCAGUUGAACCCCUACACGUUACGUUUCGAGGCUACCUGGGACACGGCCUAUGAUAAGCGCUCAGCCUCCAAUGCCUUCAUGGUUUGUGGAGUACUGUACGUGGUCCGCUCCACCUAUGAAGACAAUGAGAGCGAGGUCAGCAAGAGCCUGAUCGAUUACAUAUACAACACCAAACAGAACCGUGGGGAAUACGUUGAUAUCCACUUUCCCAACCAGUACCAGUACAUUGCAGCUGUGGAUUAUAAUCCGCGAGAUAACCAGCUCUAUGUGUGGAAUAAUUUUUACAUCCUGAGGUACAAUCUGGAGUUUGGCUCACCUGAUCCAGCACAUGCUCCACCACAGUCAGAAGUCACCAUGUCCCCGCAGCCUCAGAGAACCACCACCACCACCACCACCACCACCACGGCGCACCGGGGCGUGGCAAACACCACCACCACAACAGGGCUGAAGGAGGGCAGCAGGGGAGCGCCCAAGCCGCCUCCCGUGAUCCCGCAGACGACUUCCCCUCCACCUCUGGAGUCUUUCCCUUUACCCGAGCGUUUCUGCGAAGCCACAGAGAAGAGAGACAUAAUGUGGCCUCAGACCCAGAGGGGCAUGCUGGUGGAGCGACCUUGCCCCAAGGGAACACGAGGCACAGCGUCUUAUUUAUGUGUCCUCUCCACCGGGGCCUGGCACCCGAAGGGCCCUGAUCUCAGCAACUGUACCUCCCACUGGGUCAACCAAGUCGCCCAGAAGAUUCGCAGUGGUGAAAAUGCAGCUAACUUGGCCAACGAGUUAGCCAAGCACACCAAGGGCCCCAUCUUCGCCGGGGACGUCAGCUCGUCCGUGCGCCUCAUGGAGCAGCUGGUGGACAUCCUGGACGCUCAGCUGCAGGAGCUGAGGCCCAGCGAGAAGGAUUCUGCGGGGCGGAGCUUCAACAAGCUUCAAAAACGAGAAAGGACAUGCAGGGCAUACAUGAAGGCCAUUGUGGACACAGUCGAUAACCUUCUGCGACCAGAAGCCUUGAAGUCCUGGCAAGACAUGAACAGCACGGAACAAACGCACGCGGCCACCAUGUUGUUGGACACUCUGGAGGAGGGGGCGUUCGUCCUCGCCGACAACCUCAUGGAGCCCGCCUUCGUCAAAGUUCCUGCAGACAACAUAAUCCUGGAUGUGUACGUGCUCACCACAGACGGCCAAGUUCAGGAUUUUAAAUUCCCACAAUCCAGCAAGGGGGGCGUCUCAAUCCAGCUCUCGGCCAACACUGUCAAGCUCAACAGCCGGAAUGGAGUUGCCAAGCUGGUGUUUGUCCUCUACAAGAACCUGGGCCAGUUCCUCAGCACAGAGAACGCCACCAUUAAGAUGGCCAACGAGGCUUAUGGCCGCAAUGUGUCAGUGGCAGUCAACUCCGACAUCAUCGCCGCCUCAAUCAACAAAGAGUCCAGCCGCGUAUUCAUUAACGACCCGGUGAUUUUUACCCUGGAGCACAUUGAUAUGGAGCACUACUUCAACUCCAAUUGCUCCUUCUGGAAUUACUCUGAGAGGAGCAUGAUGGGAUACUGGUCCACCCAAGGCUGCAAACUCCUGGAUUCCAAUAAAACACACACCACCUGCUCCUGCAGCCAUCUCACCAACUUUGCCAUCCUCAUGGCACACCGUGAAAUCUCAGUUAACGACAGGGUCCACGAGUUGCUUCUCACCGUCAUCACUCGCGUCGGGAUCGUGGUGUCUCUCGUCUGCCUGACCAUCAGCAUCUUCACCUUCUGCUUCUUCCGGGGCCUGCAGAGCGAUCGCAACACCAUCCACAAGAACCUGUGCAUUAAUCUCUUCAUCGCCGAGUUAAUAUUCCUAAUUUGUAUCGAUAUGACGGAACCCAGGAUCGGCUGUGCCAUCAUCGCCGGGAUCCUUCACUUCUUCUUCCUGGCCUCCUUCUCCUGGAUGUGUCUUGAGGGGGUCCAGCUGUACCUCAUGCUCGUGGAGGUCUUCGAGAGCGAAUACUCCCGGAAGAAGUACUACUACGUGUCUGGUUACCUGUUCCCUGCUAUCGUAGUCGGGGUGUCAGCGGCCAUCGACUACCAGAGCUACGGGACAGAGAAAGCGUGCUGGCUAAGUGUGGAUAAUCAUUUCAUAUGGAGUUUUAUUGGACCUGUCACCUUUAUCAUCAUGCUCAAUCUCAUCUUCCUGGUCAUCACAAUGUACAAGAUGGUGAAGCACUCUACCACCCUGAAACCAGACUCGAGCCGACUGGAGAAUAUAAAUAAUUAUCGCGUUUGUGACGGCUACUAUAAUACAGAUUUGCCUGGAUCCUGGGUCAUGGGUGCGUUCGCCCUCCUGUUUUUGCUGGGCCUGACGUGGUCCUUCGGCCUCUUCUUCAUCAACGAGGCUUCGAUCGUCAUGGCGUACCUCUUCACCAUAUUCAACACCUUUCAAGGAAUGUUCAUCUUCAUCUUCCACUGCCUCCUGCAGAAGAAAGUCCGCAAAGAGUACAGCAAGUGCUUCCGCCACACGUACUGCUGCGGUGGGCUGCCGACCGAGAGCUCACACGGUUCUGCAAAGACUUCCACCACACGGACCAGCGCACGCUACUCCUCCGGUACACAGAGUCGUAUCAGGAGAAUGUGGAAUGACACCGUAAGAAAGCAAUCCGAGUCCUCGUUUAUCUCAGGUGACAUCAACAGCACCUCCACCCUUAACCAAGGAAUGACCGGGAAUUAUCUACUAACAAAUCCUCUUCUCCGACCACAAGGCACUAACAACCCUUAUAACACCUUGCUGGCUGAGACAGUCGUGUGUAACAACCCCACGGCUCCAGUGUUUAACUCGCCAGUGACCUACAGAGAGACAAGGCACUCGCUGAACAGUGCGGUGAGGGAUACAAGUGCAAUGGAUACUCUACCGCUAAAUGGUAACUUUAAUAAUAGCUACUCGCUCCGCAAUGGUGACUUUGGCGACAGUGUGCAGGUAGUAGACUGUGGCCUCAGUCUGGACGAUGCUGCCUUCGAGAAAAUGAUCAUCUCCGAGCUAGUACACAACAACCUGCGUGCCUGUAACAAAAGCCACCAACAGCAGCAGCACCCAAGUUUACACCACCCGCCCCACCACCAGCAGCCUCCGCAGUACCACCACCACCAUCACCACGUGGAGCGGGCUCCGCCCAAGGUGACGGUCAUAGGGGGCAGCAGCAGCGAAGACGACGCCAUCGUAGCCGACGCUCCGUCUUUGGUGCACACGCGUGACACAGUGGGCCUCAAGCUGCACCAUCAGCAGGAGCUGGAGGCACCGCUCAUCCCCCAGCGGACUCACUCUCUUCUGUACGCACCCCAGAAGAAGGUGAGGACCGACGGGGGAGUUGACACCUUUGUCAGCGAGCUGACACCCACCAACCCUGACGAUAGUCUGCAGUCCCCAAACAGAGACUCCUUGUACACUAGUAUGCCUAAUCUUAGGGACUCGCCUUAUCCAGAGAGCAGCCCCGACGUGGUGGAGGACCUGUCGCCGUCUAAGAGGAGCGAGAAUGAUGACAUUUACUACAAGAGCAUGCCUAACUUAGGGGCCGGACACCAGCUCCAGGCCUAUUACCAGAUAGGCCGAGGGAGCAGUGAUGGUUACAUUAUUCCUAUUACUAAAGACGGCUGCAUCCCUGAAGGCGACGUGCGGGAAGGACAGAUGCAGUUAGUGACAAGCCUUUAAAUGUAUUCAAAUCAUCCCCAAACCUCUUCCUGCACUUUUGCAGCCCCCUUCCUCCUGGAGGACACGCUAGGGAAGGAAAGAGAAGCGAGGGGAAGAGAAGAGUUUGUUUUAUGUUUGAGGAGAAGUCUAGAAUCCCCGUCACUCACGUCAGCUAUUUAGAAACCUUCCCUUCCCCCCAUCUCCAUCGUCAUCUCCUUUCCCCCAUAAACGCGCCACUGUUCCCACCAUCCUCGCAGACCAACAGACUUGGCGCACAGCGAUUGCAUUGCAGAGUUUUAAUGAGACUGUACAUAAAAUACAGAGUCAGAUUUCAAUUUUAAAGACACAAGCCAACUAUGUAUUUAAAUGUGCUGCUGCUGUUGAAUUAUUGAGAAAAAUUUAAGGUACGAAAAAAAUAAAAGAACAAAAAAAAGAAGGAAUAAUUACCAUCUCCAUCAGAUCAGCAGUUGACCCGGUCUAAUUGUUGUACAUACACUCCCAAACAUCCUCGUUAAAUCCAGUUUUUUUGUUUGUUUGUUUUUUAUUGUGAACAAAACAACACCCCUGGACCAGGACCCGGACAAUAUUUGUGAAACUUUCCUUAUCGGUCUGUUAGAAAAGGAAUUGAAGGUCCUGGAGUCGUUCACCAUGAAGUUUGGAUUGUAUAACCACUAGCAAUCAAGCCCCUGGCCUUAUAUUUUCUCAACUGUACAUUGAACUGUUGUCAAGGAAAAUGGCUGAAAUAUAUAUUUUGUUGUAUUGCUAGUGUAAAAUAAAAAUUCAUGGGAAAAAACGUAAAUAUGAAGAAACCUUUUAAUUGCAAAAUUUUACGUUUGAGAGACUAUUGUGUAGAAGUUGCACAUAUGUUAUACAGUGUGUUUAUGGUUCCCACACUUCAUUCAUGGUAGUACAGUUGAUCAUAAGAAGCUUCUGAAAAGAGUGGAGGAGUCGACAGAUUUCAAAGAUGCAUCACCACAGUUUUUCACUUGUGAACAGUGUUUUUUGCUUAAUGAGUUCCAUUGAUACCACCCAUCGCAAUAUGUUUAUUCAGCAUUACUUUAGUAGAAUGGGGGGACGCAGACCCCCCCCCAGUGAAAGUGAUUUAUGCAUUGCACAGUUUUUUUGUGUAAUUUUGAAUGAAAUAGAUCUUUUUAAACAGUCACGGCAGAGUGAUGGGAGAAGCAGCAGCGAGUUUCUAUCAUAAAUGUGGUUCUUCUGCCUGGUUAUGGACAUUUAAUUUAUUUAAAACUUUCCAAAAGAUAAGUGGGAAAUGUGUGAAUAUUUUCCAGCACUGGUAUACAUGCUGUACUGUAGCUCAUGUUUUUUUAUGUAAACAUGUUACCAAGGGGCUCAUCACUUAAGACUGAUGUAAAGUUCAACACUUGUUUAACAAAUAAAUAAAUGUGAGAUUUUUUGUCAAA